GCAGGCAACAGGGCCAGCGAGAGCCACCUCCCUCAGGGCCCCCUCCUGCCCACCACUCCUUGCCCUUCAGUGCCUGCCUGGAGAGCCACAGAGAGAGAGAAGACCAUGGAGUCAGGCAGGACUCAGAUAAAGCUUGACCCCAGGUACACAGCAGAUCUUCUGGACAUACUGAAAACCAACUACAGCAUCCCCACUGCCUGCUUCUCUCUCCCUCCCACCGCAGCCCAGCUUCUGAGAGCAUUGGGCCCUUUGGAAAUUGCCCUCACAGUCAUCAUGACCUUGCUUUCUCUGGGCUCGAUCGCCAUCUUCCUGGAGGACGCUGUCUACUUGUACAAGAACACGCGUUGCCCCAUCAAGAGGAGGACUCUGCUGUGGAGCAGCUCUGCACCCACGGUAGUGUCUGUGUUCUGCUGCUUUGGUCUCUGGGUCCCUCGUUCCCUCACGCUCGUGGAAAUGGCCAUAAUCUCAUUUUACUCGGUGUGCUUUUACCUGCUGAUGAUGGCCAUGGUGGAAGGCUUUGGGGGGAAGGAGGCAGUACUGAGGACACUGAAGGACACCCCGAUGAUGAUCCACACAGGCCCCUGCUGCUGCUGCUGCCCCUGCUGCCCCAAACUCAUGCUCACCAGGAAGAAGCUUCAGCUGCUGAUGUUGGGCCCAUUCCAGUAUGCCUUCUUCAGGAUAACAAUGGGCCUGGCGGGCCUGUUUCUUAUCCCUGAUGGCAUCUAUGACCCAGCAGAUAUUUCUGAGAAGAGCACAGCUCUGUGGAUCAACACCGUCCUUGGCAUGUCCACCCUGUUGGCUCUCUGGUCCCUGAGCAUCAUUUUCCGUCAAGCCAGGCUGCACCUGGGUGAGCAGAACAUGGGAGCCAAAUUUGCUCUGUUCCAGGCACUCCUCAUCCUGAGUGCCCUGCAGCCAGCCAUCUUCUCAGUCUUGGCCAACAGCGGGCAGAUUGCUUGUUCGCCUCCCUUUUCCCCUAAAAUCAGGUCUCAAGUGAUGAAUUGCCACCUCCUCAUACUGGAAACUUUUCUGCUAACUGUGCUGACACGAAUCUAUUACCGAAGGAAAGAUGACAAAGUUGGAUAUGAAACUUUCUCUUCUCCGGACCUGGAUUUGAACCUCAAAGCCUGAGGUGGAUGGCUUGGACAAUGAAAGAGACACUGUACUCAUUAGACGAGCAAGAGAUUUCUUCACUGUCCCUUAACCUUGACCAAAUGGGGAAGGAUUCCAUUGUCAGCACAAAAUGGCAGAUUACCUUUGACUAUAGACAUGAAGAUGAAUUAUGCAAUAGGAUGAAAUUGUUUUGGAUCUUGCCUGGGGAAGGUAUUUUAAGUUUUAUAAUAAAAAAACAGGAUGGGUUUAAAACUCUACAACUGGGCACAUUGCCUCUGUGGGUGCCACUAUUAGCCCUUAAAGCCUCUAUAUUGAAAGGUCACUCUGAGCUUUCCCAAAGCAAAUGAAAAGCGAAAGAGUAUAUGGUAGUUCAUCUGGUAUAAGAACUGAGUAGAACUCAGCAAGGCAAAACAGUACAAGCCCCAAGUCUCAAAGAAAUAAAGCUUCUGAAGAACAGAUGGAAGGUGCUCUUUCUCUUACAGAUGUGUCGUUGGGGUACUGAUGACAUCAGACCUGGAAGAUCUAGAUCAGCCUCCAUUUGUGGGACAACAGCUUUUUGAGUCUUCUGUGCCAAGCUGCAAAAGGAAUCCCCCAACAAUAUGGUCAUGGAGCUUGAUUUUGAGGACAAAUAUUAGGAUGCAAAAGCAAAAGAACUGAGAGUACAGGUAAAAACCCCAAACACAUGAAAUCUAUCACACAUGUAUACCAGGUCAAAAACAAAGGGAAUGAACUUCAGGUAAAACCACUUUGCCUUUAUUUGGCUAAAUGACAAAAGCCAAUGUAACUCUGAACAAAUUAAUAACACUCAGACAGGAAAACAAUAUACUCAACACCGACUGAAGAAAAUGUCCCUGUAGACGCCGGCACUGGUGAUGGGGCUAACAUUCACGCCACGGCCAGCAUUUCUUUCCCAGACUCGUUUUUGCGGGUUCCUCAAUACAAAACAACCCAACUAAUCAAGUCUCUGUGUUCAAAACAGUCAGUGCCUCCAAAGGAAGGGUGGGAAAGCCCACUUUAUACCUAAAGGAACACAACUUGAGUCAUCCUAACGUUCAACUUAGUACUUUUGUUUUCUACCCCAGUCUGAGUACUAACAUAAAACUUUAGCAGACAGAAUAUCUUCUUUCUUUUAAAGAAAAUUAACAUUUAAUAGUUUAAUCCCAAGAACACGUUCUACUUAUUUGGAAAAUUAGAAGCUAGGGACCACUCUUUAUCCCAUGACAAUCUAUUCUAUAAGAGAAGACAAGAACAAUCAUUGUAUGACUUUGAAAAAUAUAGCCUUUAAAAAUACUUAUAUUGGUAAGCUUAAAAAAAA